AUGGCGCCGGUGGCAGAGCAGUGGGUGCUGGUGGAGAUGGUGCAGGUGCUGUAUAAGGCUCCAGCAUACCAUCUUAUGCUGGAAGGAAUUCUAAUACUUUGGAUAAUCAGACUGGUUUUCUCUAAAACUUACAAGUUGCAAGAGAAGUCUGAUCUUACAACCAAGGAAAAGGAAGAACUGAUUGAAGAGUGGCAACCAGAACCUCUCAUCCCAUCCGUCCCGAAAAACCAUCCUGCUCUCAAUUACAACAUCGUUUCUGGCCCUCCAACCCACAAUAGCGUGGUGAAUGGGAAGGAAUGUGUAAACUUUGCCUCCUUUAAUUUUCUUGGGUUGCUGGCCAAACCUUGGUUAAGGCCACAGCUUUAG